UUGGACUCAUUCUCUUUUUCUUAUCUGCCCUGUUCAGAAGCGGAUCUUGGAUGGAAGUUUGGGUUUUGCAGCCGGGGUAAUGUUGGCUGCAUCCUAUUGGUCAUUGCUGGCACCCGCAAUUGACAUGGCAGAGGAUUCUGGGAAGUACGGCUCAUUCGCCUUCCUGCCCGUGGCUGUGGGAUUCACGCUUGGAGCAGCUUUUGUUUACUUUGCUGACCUGGUGUUGCCCAUGCUGGGCAUCUGCAUCGACCCCCAGGCCGCCUUGGCUCUGCCCCGUGACUCCAAAGUGGGAAAGGAAAAAGACGAGGAUCCGUUGUUCCAGCUUCCAGACCCUGAUGAGAUGACCAUCAGGAUAGACAAAUCUGAAAAUGGGGAGGUCUACCAAAGAAGAAGAGGGCCCAAUUCAGGCCACUUUGAUGGACAAGAAGCAGGAAGUAAAACACUAGAAGAAGUUGGCCAAACAGGCAACAGCUGGCGGCGAAUUCUCCUGCUUAUCCUUGCCAUCACCAUCCAUAAUAUUCCAGAGGGCCUGGCUGUAGGGGUCGGCUUCGGAGCCAUAGGAAAAACAACGUCUGCUACCUUUGAGAGUGCCAGAAAUCUGGCUAUCGGGAUCGGCAUCCAGAAUUUCCCAGAAGGCUUGGCGGUGAGCCUGCCUCUGAGGGGCUCCGGGGUCUCAACGUGGACGGCCUUCUGGUACGGUCAGCUCAGUGGAAUGGUAGAACCCAUCGCCGGCCUUCUGGGCGCCGCCGCUGUCGUAUUUGCGGAACCUCUGCUGCCGUACGCGUUGGCGUUUGCUGCCGGAGCGAUGGUCUACGUCGUCGUGGAUGACAUCAUUCCUGAGGCUCAAGUCAGCGGUAACGGCAGACUGGCUUCGUGGACCUCCAUUCUGGGAUUUGUCGUGAUGAUGUCACUAGACGUGGGGCUGGGCUGAGGUCGCCAUGGCGACCGAAAAGAAAUAAACCAAGGCUCAGAGAAGCACAGCUGACCUCAGUUUUAAAGAAGGGAACCAGUUGUUGAGUCCAAUUUCCGCUACUUGAAGUUGAACUGUGAGCAAACUUUUCCAUGCAAUGAUUGCUGUACUUGAACUGAAAUGUUUUCUAUGAGAUUCUUACAGUUGAAUAAGACAGGAAGGUUUUGUGAUUCAAGUGCUGGUGAAGGUUUUGUUUGCUGAUGUUUUUUCAGAAGAAAAUAUCUUUAAUAUGACCGCUUAAAUCUAUGCUUUUGUCUUUUUUCAUUUGAACAUGGUAUUAUGGGAUUUAAUAAGGUUACAUCAUACUAGUAACUUAAAUGUACUGAAUCUGUUUUUUUCUUGUCUUCUUCAUAUAUUAUAAUUUAUAUUUGCCUCCCUCCUCUGUUGUAACACAAAACUGAACAGAGGGCAGGGCAGCGUAAGUCUCCUGCCAUCUACUGGUCGAUCAGGGAAUCACACCUGCUCACUCAUUUGGAAUUGAACAUGAUUCGUUUUAAACAAAAGUGGUUAAAAAAAAGGAAGGAACGUGUUUAAGUAAGAGUAGCGCUACUUUAGCAUAUUUUUACUAUAGUAAAACUAGUCAAUGAAUAUAAUUAAGAGUUAAGAGAUAUUUGGCAAAAAGGGCAACUCAAAGUUCAUUCAUAAGGUUCUAACAUUUUUUUUUUGCAAACUUUGUUUAUUUGGAUUUUAACAGGAAUUGCAUAGCCAUACAAUUACAAUAUGAUACAUAUAAAACAAACCAUACAAUUCCCUUAAGUUAUAAGGUUCUAACAUUUGAUUUCAUUUGAAAAUGGUGUAAUCAGACAAAACAGAUAAUAGAAGAGCCAAUUAUAGUUUAUUAAACAAUAAAAUUGUCAUGAUCC